ACCAAGGGGACAUCAUCUUUCGGUAAACGCCGAAACAAGACCCACACCUUGUGCCGUCGCUGUGGGGCCAAGGCUUAUCACCUGCAGAAGUCUUCCUGCGGCAAGUGUGGCUACCCCGAAAAGCGCAAGAGAAAGUACAACUGGAGCGCUAAGGCCAAGAGGAGGAACACCACUGGGACUGGUCGUCUGAGACACCUGAAGGUUGUUUACCGCAGAUUCAG